AUGACUACUCUCCUCGUCAUCUUUCUCACUUUUGUUGCUUGCCCUUUGGCUGUCAUUGGCAAUCCAACCUCCGCGAACAAUCCCCGUCCCACUGUUAAGAUCGACUCUGGGGUUGUGGUUGGCAUCACCAAAACAGACAACACCUCUGGACUCCAGUUGAACGCGUUCUUGGGCAUUCCCUUUGCGGCACCUCCUGUUCGAUGGGGUCCUCCUCAGCGACCAGCUCCCUGGACAGCUCCAUUUUCUGCAUCCAAGUAUGGACCAGCAUGUGUGCAGCAAUUCAACUACCCGUUGUCCCGUCGCAAUUUGAUCUUGCAGUGGUUUAAUACCCCUCCUCCCCCUGCGGGCGAAAGUGAAGACUGUCUGAACUUGUGUGUUUACGCUCCGCUUCCCAACGGUAAGGAAAAACCACAGCCAAAAGCAGUCAUGGUCUGGUUAUACGGCGGCGGGCUGCUUUACGGCUCGAAUUCCCAAAGGCUUUACGAUGGGUCGAAUUUGGCAGCUAGUCAGGAUGUCGUCGUCGUCGUCGUCAACUAUCGCACAAAUGUAUUUGGAUUUCCUGCGUCUCCUCAAAUACCCGUCACAGAGAAUAAUCCGGGAUGGCUAGACCAACGUUUCGCGCUUGAUUGGGUGCGACGCAACAUUGCUGCGUUCGGGGGAGAUCCUGGGAAAGUUACGAUUUUUGGGGAGAGUGCUGGUGCUGAAAGCGUCGACGCUCUGAUCACUCAACCGCCCAAACCGCUGUCCUUCCGCGCAGCAAUCAUGGAAUCCGGCACCGCAACCUUUCGAGGUCGCCCGGCAGACCCGUUCGCAUCCUGGAACAUCCUCGUGGCAGCAAUGAACUGUUCCUCCGCCACAGACAUUCUAGCAUGCAUGCGCUCCAUACCGGCCACCACCAUCAAGACAUACAACGAGAUGAACAGGAUGCCGUGGAUACCGGUCUUUGACAACGUGACGAGCGCAGACACUGCGCGCUCAAACCGUUUGAGCUCCACGCCGCAGAAGUCCAAAAUUGCCCGCGUGCCCAUCCUAGGCGGCACCAACGCCGACGAGGGCCGUCUGUACUCGGUGACGGCAAACGACUCGGCCUCGUUCAUCCGGGUGCUCUUCCCCACGGCUACGGACCAGCAGGUCUCGAGCUUGCUGGCGGCGUAUCCCAUCGCCCCGGCCGGCGUGGGGUUUGGCAACAAGCUCGAACAGCUCGGCGCCGUGUACACGGACGUGAUAUUCCAGUGUCCGGCGCGCCUGGUCCACCUGGAGACGGCCCAGGUCGGCAUCCCCAGCUACCGGUACUACUACAACGCGAGCUUCGCCAACACGGACCUCUUCCCGGACGCGGGCGUCUACCACUCGAGCGAGAUCGGCAUCGUGAUGGGAACGUAUCCCGCCACAAACGCCACGGCGUUCCAGCGCCGGUUGAGUAGGUAUGUACAGAAGGUCUGGGCCGACUUCGCAAAGGAUCCGUACUAUAAUUCGUCUUCUCCUUCCACGCCCCCGUGGCCCCAGGUUCCCGCUGCUAUGGGCAUGUUGGGCGGAGGCGUACGCGCCGAGGACGGGCCGGACGCCAAGGGAGCGAAUCUCACCGUGCUGAAUCGAAACCAGACGGACGUGAUCGAUCAGCGGUGCGCCCUGUACCAGGCCUUCUAUGAUGCUUUGGGCCAUUGA